AUGCAGGCUGCCCAGGCUACGUUCAAGACCAUCAAAGCUGUCAUUCCUCUGCUCGACCGUGUUUUGGUCCAGCGGUUCAAGCCUGAGACUAAAACAGCCUCUGGGAUAUUCCUUCCCUCGUCAUCGACGACUACGCCUUUACCCGAAGCUACUGUGAUUGCCGUUGGCCCUGGAGCACCUAAUAAGGAUGGAAACGUCGUUCCCACUCAAGUCAAGGCUGGGGAUCGAGUAUUGCUCCCCGGGUGGGGAGGGAAUUCGAUUAAAGUAGGAGAUGAGGAAUACUUUUUGUUCAAGGAUGCAGAGAUCCUUGCAAAGAUCCAGGAGUGA